AUGAGCAAGAGGCUACAAGCACUCCCGGUCUUCCUCAGUCUGUUGAUGGUGGCUGCUCUGUCAGCGUCAGACGAACCAGUCCAACUGAGUGAGAGUUUUGGUGGAUUUCAAGACGGGAUAGAAUUCUCUGAUCAGGCUACAGUCGUAGCGGGACAAGAAAUAGGCUCAAUCACGAUCCGAGGAAAUAAACGCGUGGAUGGUGUUUCACUGGAAGUACUGGGUCCAAGCGUCACGACCUAUAAUCAUGGAGGGAAAGGUGGGACGGAUCACGUGCUCAAGCUUGGUGAACGAGAGUAUAUUACGUCAAUGGAAGUGCAUCGGGGCGAGAAAAAUGAUGGCAAACGGAUUUUCUACCUCAGUUUUGGAACGAGUGACGGGAAUACAAUCUCGGCCGGGACCAAGACGCCUGAAAUGCUUACAGUCACUGCGCCGGAGGGGUUUCAACUCGGUGGGUUUUUCGGUCGAUGUGGCGACGAAAUCGACACGUUGGGAGCGAUUUGGUCUCGUAUUUCGACAGAUGCUCCAGCAGCAGCAGCAGACGAUCUUGCUCCGACUGGUCUUCCUGUUUCGGCUCUUAAGUCGUCGGAUGGGACGGAUGAUGAUCCGUUGGCUUUUCUGGAUUCGGAGACAGCGCAAGAGUCACCUCAUGAAACUUUGACCGGGUUGGCUGACCCGGCAGCGUCUACCAAAACCCCGUCCGCGUCGGCGGACUCGGCGGAGUCUGCGGAGAAUUCUUCAUCUGGAUCUGCGGACUCGGCGGAGUCUACUGAUGAUUCUACGUCUGUGUCGGUGGGUUCAGCAGAGUCUACCGAUGAUUCCUCGUCCGCGUCGGCAGACUCGGCGGAGUCUACUGGGGUUUCUUCGUCUGAUUCUGCCGACUCAGCAGAGUCUACUGACGAUUCUACGUCUGGGUCUACGGGUUCAGUAGAGUCUACUGAGGAUUCCUCGUCCACGUCGGCGGACUAG